CCGUCGCGCGCGCGCAGCCAUGAACCUGGCGAGCCAGAGCGGAGAGGCCGGCGCCGGCCAGCUGCUGUUCGCCAACUUCAACCAGGAUAACACGUCCCUAGCUGUUGGUAGUAAGUCCGGGUAUAAGUUUUUCUCCCUUUCUUCUGUGGAUAAGCUGGAACAGAUCUAUGAAUGCACUGACACUGAAGAUGUGUGCAUCGUAGAGAGGUUGUUCUCAAGCAGCUUGGUGGCCAUCGUUAGCCUCAAAGCUCCAAGGAAGCUGAAAGUUUGCCACUUUAAGAAGGGAACCGAGAUAUGCAACUACAGCUACUCCAACACGAUACUGGCUGUGAAGCUGAACAGGCAGAGGCUCAUCGUGUGUUUGGAAGAGUCGCUCUAUAUACACAACAUCCGGGACAUGAAGGUACUUCAUACCAUCCGAGAGACACCCCCAAACCCUGCAGGCUUGUGUGCACUGUCAAUAAACAAUGACAACUGCUACUUGGCGUAUCCAGGGAGUGCGACCAUUGGAGAGGUGCAGGUCUUCGACACCAUUAACUUGAGAGCUGCAAACAUGAUCCCUGCUCAUGACAGUCCCUUAGCAGCCCUGGCUUUUGAUGCAAGUGGGACCAAGCUUGCCACUGCUUCUGAGAAGGGGACUGUGAUCCGGGUAUUUUCCAUUCCAGAGGGACAAAAGCUGUUUGAGUUCCGGAGAGGAGUGAAGAGGUGUGUGAGCAUCUGCUCCCUGGCCUUCAGCAUGGACGGCAUGUUCCUCUCCGCAUCCAGCAACACCGAAACUGUGCACAUCUUCAAACUUGAGGCCGUGAGGGAAAAACCUCCAGAAGAGCCCACCACCUGGACUGGCUACUUUGGGAAGGUGCUCAUGGCGUCUACCAGCUACCUGCCCUCACAAGUGACAGAAAUGUUCAACCAGGGCAGGGCCUUUGCCACUGUCCGCCUACCAUUCUGUGGCCAUAAAAACAUCUGCUCAUUAACCACAAUUCAGAAGAUCCCACGGUUGCUGGUAGGAGCAUCAGAUGGCUAUUUAUACAUGUACAACCUGGACCCCCAGGAAGGUGGCGAGUGUGCCCUGAUGCGUCAGCACAGACUCGAUGGCAGUAUGGAGACGACCAGUGAAAUCGUAGACUCUGCAUCGCAUGACUGCCCGUUAGUAACACAGACCUAUGGCGCGGCAGCUGCCAAAGGUGCCUAUGUGCCCUCGUCCCCAACGAGACUUGGUAAAGGGCAGGACGCCAACUUAGAAGCCUACACAGAUGACCUGGGUGCCGUGGGGGGCGCAUGCCUGGAGGAUGAAGCCAGUGCCCUGCGCCUGGAUGAAGACAGUGAACAUCCUCCCAUGAUUCUCCGGACUGACUGAUCCGGACCUGUGAACUCUGGCCCAGGAACAGAACCCUGGCCUGGCAGAGGACUUGUGCAUUGCUGCUAUGAACUUUGACCUGAAUUGAGGGAGAGGAUGGCAGAGACUGUAAAGCAAAGAGAUUGUAGUUAUAGCCUAUCCAUACUGUUGAGAAAAUACACUGUUUUCACUUCAGUGACUUUAAUCCUGCUUAUGAAGUUUAGCUUUUUAUUUUUUCUCACUCUUUAUUUUAUUUUUAUUUUAUUUUAUUUUUGCCAAAAUUAACUGUUUGGUGAAGUCUGUGGUCUCCUUGCUUUGCAUGCGUGACGUGCCAAGCCAGCAUAGGAGAGCGAGUGGUCACUCCAUAGCAGACCACAGUUGUCAGGUCUCAUGGCAGGCCAGGGAUGAAGAGAGCUCUGUGUGCAGUGAUUCUGCAGGGACAGGGCCCAUCCGCCACUGAGACAGCCAGGGUACCAGUGGACAGUGGCCGCCGUCAGGAGUCCUCUCGCCCUGCAGCCCCACCCGGGCCAUUUUCCCCCAACUCAUUAUACUCUUUCCAGAGUGGAGCAUUCUGAGACUAGCUUCCUCCAGGGGGACUGUUGUUUGGGGUCUUGUUCUUCGUGGGGAUCUUGAGGGAGAGGCAGUUUCUGCUCUGUGCCUUCUCUUCUGGCUGGUGAACUUGGCAAUGCGCCAGAGCAGCCUGGAGCCAAGGAAGGCAGUCUCAUCUGUGUCAUUAAAUGCUCUGUCUCCUACUGUCCCCAUCCGACAACUGUGACUUGGUUUUUUGUUGUUGUUUUUAGAGGACAGUCUAGCUACUCCCAUGCCCAAAAAGCACAAAGGUGUAAGAUGCUUCAUCAAGCAUCAGGCAUCAGUCUGCUGACCUGAUCUGUCUGCCAGAAGCUCCCUCCAGUCCCCAGAGUUAGCAGCAGCUGCGACAGGUAGAGAGGCCCCAGGGAGAUGGCUCCCUCCCCGGGGUGACCCUCCCCAGGGUGACGUGCCUUUUCUAUCUUGGUCUUGAAGUGUGCAGGAAAGUGACGUCAGGUUUCAGGGCUGCACUCACUUCUGUUUGCUUUUGACUUUUUGGUGGCUUUGGGGGAAGUACAGAUGCACAUUAUAGCCCAGGCUGCCCUGGAACUCACUAUGUAGCCCGUGCUGGCCUCAAACUUAGAGCGUUCCCCCUGCCUCAACUUCCUGAGAGCUGGGAUUACAGGUAGCACUGUGCCUAGUUCCUUUCUCAGCUCUACAGAAUGAAAAGUUCAGGCCCUCAAAUCUGCAUUCUAAACACAGACCCUAGCAGUGGAGUUACGAAUGUGUGGGGUGUUGCUUCUUCAUGAACAUGGCUUUAGGUCUGAGCAGGGAAUGAGGAGGAUAAUAUCAGGGUACCAGCUUCUGCCAGCCUGCUCAGGCUUUUAGACAGGAGAGCUAUAGGGAGCUGUCUUAAGUUUAGUCUGCUUAAGUCUGGUAGAGUGUUUCUACAGAGUGCCAGUGGCUAGACAUACCUGCUGAUGUCUCCUGCUCUUGCUGUUCCCACAGUGGCUAAUCAUAUGGGUGGGGUACAAGGGGUACCCACAGCUAGAUCUGGCUGCUGGCUGCACCUGUGCCCUGAAGCAUCUAAGUAGCCAAACUAUGUACAUUUUAUAAGGCAGGGAUGGAGCUGGGGGUACUGAACUUUAAACUGUAUGAUUGUCUGGACCCUGAUAACAUUGGACCCCAGCCCUGUGGUCUGCCACAGUGGGUGCUUCUCUAGGAGAAUGAAAUGGGCCUUUGCAAGACCAGGCACAGGCAGGGAGUACCGACCAGAAGAGCCUGGGAAGUGCACAGGGUUGACUGGGAGUUGGGGUUUCCUGGAACCAAAGAGUGAAUGUCUGGAUUCAAGUGUGACUUGUGUGCUGACCCUUGACUUAAAUACUGUGUGCGUUUGGGGCUCAGCUUUAUCUGCUGAGAUUUCUUCUAUCUUGGAAGUUAGUGUUCCAAAAACAUGUUUGGGCCCAAUUUCCUCACUUGAAAAUUUGGUCAGAAAAGGCAGCUUCCGGUGUCCAGGGCUCUCUGCCCUCACUCCAUGGUCUUGCCAGGCUGAACAGACUCAGUCUCUGCUGACCUUUGAGAGGUCUGCACACCACUUGCAGGCCUCGGUUUUGAGGAGGGAGGAGAGAGUAGCUCUCUGAGGUGGGCACUCGUUGUUGGGACUCACCACUGGUAGAGCCAACGGAGGGGCUGAAUCAGUAGAACACACGCUCGAGUGAUUGCUGACCCCCAGGCCUCACACUAAUGGUCAUUUUUAAGUUUUUAGUUUUCCAAAGUUAAGAGACAAUUUUGGAAUCAGGUGUGGCACACACCUGUAAUCCCAGCAGUCAGGAGAGUGAGACAGGAGGAUUGCUGUAAGUUUGAGGCCAGCCUAGACUAUAUAGUUCUGGGCAAGCCUGGCCUACAGAAUGAGAACCUGUCUCAAAAAGCCAAAGGAUGACAACUUUAAAACAAAAAAUGGGGAAUGAGAGUUUAAAACUCCAAAAUUUUUAAGAUUUGUGUGGAUUGGGACCAAAGCUUUUGUAUUUUCUAAAACAAUGAAGGAGUCCCUUGUCCUGCCUCCACUAAUGGUGUGAACUAGGGGCAGGUCUCAGGGCCUCGGGCUGGACUGUACGAGAAGAACCCUACCUCACAGGGCUGUUGUGAGGUGUGUGAGGGAGCCCCAGCACAGAGCCUGGCCAGCAAUGGACUCCAAUAAACACUAAAACUGAAACAUC